AUGGCAACAGGAAUAUCACUUACCGUCAUUGGCAAUGGCAAUGCCGGCAAGAAGACCCUUAUCGGAAGCCUCAUAUACAAGUGCGGACUCGGGCUGCCGCAAUUGGGAGAGUUGGAGGGCGAGGGUAUCAAAAUUUUCAAUGAAAUAGUGCCUUUUUAUGAGAAAAACGGUUAUGUUCAAUCCUUCUACGCGCCAUCAGGAUUGGUGACCGUUCAGAAACUUCAAGAACCUGAUUAUGCCAUUUGGGUGGUCGAUGGCUCUGAUUCAUCAAGUUGGAACUCGUCGGCCGAAAAGCUAGGGCGCCUUUUGUUGAGUGGUGAGAUUCAGCCACGAAAGAAACUCAUUAUAGCAGUGAACAAAAUGGACUCUAUCAAUUGGUAUGAACAGACAUUUAAAGACGUAGUUCAUGUAUUCAGAGCAGCAAACUUAGAGGAUCGCACUUCUAUCAUCCCAGUCUCCGCCCUCAAAGGAGACAACAUACUACCAGACACGAAGGAACCUUCGUGGGCGGGGAACAUAUCUUCGGAAACUUAUCGGGGCUCAACACUAGUAUCGGACAAAUGUUUGACGUUUUGA